AUGCCGAACGUGCGGCCGGCUGAUGGGCAUUUGGCGCAAGACAGGGAGUUCAGCACUAGUCAGCAGCCAUUGGGGAUAAUGGGGGAGCUACAGUCGAGGCAGGCCGACUUUGCAGCAUUCCCGCUGACUCUAGUGCCAGGACGGCCAGUGGACAUCGAUAUUACCUACUCCUACUAUGCAGGGGGAUUGGGCCUGUUGGUGCAGAAAGGGCAGCCCAGAAAUGACCAGCUGCUCUUCUUGCAACCCUUUGAUGCGCGGCUGUGGGUCACACUUCUGGGCACUGCCUUUGCAGCCGCUCUCGUGCUGAAGCUUCUGUCCCUGUACACUCCUCUGGGAGAUAGUGAGAUCCACAUGGUGCAUGCUUUGGAUGAUGGCGAGCAUGCAGAGGGGAGGAAGUACGAGGUGGAACACUGCAGCGACAGCGUGCUGCUGGAAACGUGGAUGGCCAUGUUUGGGGAACGGCGGGGACUGGCCAUCGGCCGCAGCUGGGCCACGCGGAUCUUCGCCAUUGCCUUUGCCUUCUUCUCCGUCGUGGUCAUGGCGGCAUACACCGCCAACUUUGCGUCCAUUCUGACGGUGCUCCAGAUUUCCCAGCCCAUCUCCAGCCUCAAGGACCUUACCUCUCGUAAUGGCACAAUAGCCAUCAACCCAAGCGGGGCCACCAAGAAUUUCUUCGACAACACCAAGGAUCCAAUCAGCGCUGACGCCGGCACUCGCAGGACAUACCUCCCGGACACGAUUGCAGGCACGCCCGCAAAGGAACAACCCAGACUUCAGUGUGCGGCGGCGGUGAGGAGUGGGCGGGCGGACGCUUACAUAACCGAUGAGUCGACACUGCAGUGGUAUGCGGGCCGGCAGCCGUGCGACCUGUCGGUACAGGGCGACAACUUUGGGCCGGGGGUGCUCGUGUACGGACUCCAGAAGGACUCCCCUUUCACCAAGCCUCUCAAUGCAGCCAUGCUCGAGCUGUACGAGAACGGGCGGCUGGACACGCUCAAGCGCCAGUGGAACUCCGAUAUUUCCCAGUGCGGCGAUUUGAAUUCGAACGCGAUCACCAACACGCGCCUAACCGUCACCCAGAUGACCGGCCUCUUCUACAUGCUACUUGUCUUUGCGGGAGCAGCCUUCCUUUGGGGCUCUGGCGAGCAUGCGGCGGUGUUCAUCGGCCGGCGAUUUCCAAUGUUCCAUCGUGCUGCCAGGGGCAGCAUCCCCAUUCCUGCCAGCAGCCGCGCCCUCAAGACUUCACUCAAGACCUUCAGGCGGCAGAUGUCAGAGCGCUCGAGCAAUGGCAAGGCUGAUCUGGCGGGCUGCGACAGCGACCGGGGAAUCGGCGAAGACGCCGAAGCCGGCCGGCCGCAGCCGCGCGCCCGGGAGCUGCCGCGCCGCGACAGCAGCAGCAUUGCGCUUGUCACGCUGCAAGGCACUUAG